AUGCGUGGCAUGCCUUCCGGUGCCCUCCUCCUCGCCCUCCUUGGAGCUCUGCUCCCCUACUGCUUCGCAGAGACCAGGACAUGUACUCAGAUCCUUGCCGCGGGACCUGGGGAUGAAGCUCAACAGCAAGCGCUUCUCCUCUGCCAACUCAGCGAAUCAUCGACCCUCCUUGCCCAGCUUGGAGGCCUUGUUGCUGAGGGACUUGACCGACUCAUGAUUGCCCACGGAAUUGCCGACGACAGCGAGGAGCAACAAAGCGGUGACAUGGAGAAGCGCAAGCACGAAUACCUGCGAUUCGGAAAGAGAAAGCACGAGUACUUGCGAUUCGGCAAGAGGAAGCACGAGUACUUGCGUAAGCGUGUCGCAUUAAAAAUGUUGACGCCGCGCCGCUCGCUCACCGCAUUGUGGCCCCCGCAAAUCCGCCCACCAUUUCCUCACUUU